AAGUUUACUACACUCGGAUCGUACACACGCCUGAAGUUUCAUAACAGAACAAUGAAAUUCGUCUACAUUGCAACAUCAGUGAUCGUUGUUCUCAGUUUGGGGCGGCUUGCAGUAGCACUAAUUAUCGCCUCAGGAAGAUGCCCGAAACGGCCCGUUCAGCAGAAUUUUGACGCUGCGCGAUAUGUUGGGUUGUGGUACGAAAUCAGCCGCUACGAACAGCCCUUUCAACUCGGUGGAGAAUGCUCCACAGCCCAGUACUCGUUGAACAAAGAUGGAACCGUUCGGGUAUUCAACAGUAUGAUUGUUCCUCCCCGUCAGAAGCGCGUUUCCAUUGUGGGCCGUGCUGUUCUGUCCUACCCGAAUAAGGAUGCCGUGCCAGCAAAAUUGCAAGUUACCUUCAAUGGUGGUAAGUUGGACGCAAGGGGCAACUGCGACGACAGGGCCGGCAGCAACAGCAGCACCGAUAGCGCGAGCUAUCGCUCUAGCUGGAACUACACCAAUGUCAACAGCAGUCGAUUGAACUUCGACGUUGCACGGUAUCUGGGACUGUGGUACGAAUAUCGCCGCUACGAACAACGCUUCCAACGCGACGGAGAAUGCGUAACGGCCCAGUAUUCGUUGAACGAGGAUGGUAGUGUUCGGGUGUUCAACAGCAUGAUGGUUCCUCCCGUCCAGGAGCGAGUUGUCGACAUUGGACGCGCUAUUGUGGCCUUCCCGGAGGAGGAUCCUCUGCAGGCGAAGUUGAAUGUUACCUUUGAAAGUGCACCAGGAGACGUGUUCGGUGACUAUUGGGUGCUGGAUACGGACUAUGACAACUUUGCCGUCGUGUGGGGUUGUUUCCAGCCGGGAACUCUCAUCCGUGCUGAGAGUGCAUGGAUUCUGUCACGUGAACCUAAACUAAAGGAUACCAUUGUGCGACGAGUUCAGGAAACGAUCGAGAAGUACCUGGACGAAGAUUUGUUGCGAAGGACGAUUCAGGAUGAUGAUUUCUGCUGCUCGGUCGAACCGGAGGUGCAAACCCAUCCUGCCUUAUCGUCCAUCGCUGUAGUCCUGUGCAUGGGACAACUGACGACAGCACAAAUUGUCUCACCCGGAACAUGUCCAGUGCAUCCCGUCCAUCAGAACUUUGACGUUCCGCGAUAUUUGGGGCUUUGGUACGAAUAUCGCCGCUACGAACAGCAGUUCCAGCUUGGCGGAGAAUGUGUAACGGCACAGUAUUCGGUGAACGAGGACGGCAGCGUUCGUGUGUUCAACAGUAUGAUGGUUCCACCCAGUCAGGAGCGGGUCUCCGAUAUUGGACGCGCUGUUGUUGCCUUCCCGGACGAGAACCCACUGCAAGCGAAGCUUAACGUUACCUUUGACAGUGCCCCGGCGGAAAUCACGGCAAACUACUGGGUGCUGGAUACCGACUAUGACAACUUUGCCGUCGUCUGGGGUUGCUUCCAGAUCGGAAGCACUUUGCGAGCCGAGAAUGCAUGGAUUCUGUCACGUGAGCCAAAGCUUAAUGAGGACGUUACGCGACGAGUUCAGGAAUCGAUCGAGAAGUACCUGGACGAAGAGCAACUACGAAGGACAAUUCAGGAUGAUGAAUUUUGCUGCUCGAUCGAACCGGAAGUGGAAACCCAUCCAACCUGCGGAAAUCAGGUUAUGAGCCGACGUCGCGUUCAGUUUAUGUGUCUUCUCUCCAGGAUGGAUCGUUUGAAAGUGCUCCGAAUCAUCAGUCUAGCCACCAUUUUGAUGGUGACCGUCUCUGCAGAUAUCUACUACGAUAGGCCCUGCCGGACGAAUGUAGAAGUCGUAGAGGGCUUCUGUUUGGAUCGAUACCUGGGCAGGUGGUUCGAAAUGCAGCGCUACGAGCAGGAUUUUCAAACCAACUACGACUGCGUUCAGGCCCAGUAUGGCUUGAUAGACGAAUCAACGGUGUCCGUCACGAAUUCGGCUUACAAUCUGCAUAACGAUACCACAGUGGUUGCAAUCGGCAGCGCCAAGUUGUCGUUCCCGGAGAAUGAAAUCCUACAGGCGAAGCUGAAUGUGUCGUUCUUCGGUGCUCCCAACGAUCGUUCCAACUACUGGGUAGUUGAUACGGAUUACGAAAACUACUCGAUAGUGUGGUCGUGCGAACUGAUGCCGGAAGACACCUCACGGGAGAGCUAUUGGCUGCUGUCGAGAACUCGGCAGUUUACCGAUGAUCAACAAAUCAACGAAAAAGUUAACUAUCUCAUCAGAAAAUAUAUCGACCGGGGACAGGUUAGAAUAACGAAUCAAUUGGAUGAGCGGUGUCCUGAUUUCGAUUUAUUUGGUGGUCACGGUGAACACGAUUGGUGGGAGGGAAAGAUGAACGUGAUGACGUUGUUGACGGUGGUUGUUGCCAUACUGUUGACGACCUCGACGGGAAUCGUAAGUCAGCGAAUCAUCCAACAGCCCUGCCCUGACCCGGAAAGUCGACCGGUUGUGAGCAACUUUGAUCUGGAGCGGUACAUCAAUGGAAAAUGGUACGAAAUCCUACGCUACGAUCAGUACUUCGAGAAAGACUGCGACUGUGGCUACGCUACCUACACUCUCAAGAAAAAAAAUACCCUAAAGGUAGAGAACUGCUGCGAACGUCUGCCUAAUACUAACAUAAGCUGCUCCAUCGGGAAAGCGGUCGUUAGUUUUCCGGACUCCAUUCCCCUGGAAGGCAAACUGAAUGUUACUUUCGGAGGCCCUCCCAAAAAUUCCAAUUAUUGGAUCAUGGAUACGGACUACGACAACUAUGCCAUCAUCUACUCGUGCAAAAAUCUCUCCGAGAAUAAGUCGGCCGAAGCUGCCUGGGUACUAUCCAAACAGCGAAGCAUCCGCCCAGAGGUUCUCGCCAAGGUCGAUCAACUUGUGGAUCGAUAUCUCUUCCGAGCCGAUAUGCGAGUGACGGAGCAAAGCCAAUCAAAAUGCAAAUACGUAGACGCCGGGCAGCAGAACUAGUCUUAAUUGACCAGAAAAAGUUUUACUCGUUGAAGAAACUUACCACCGCAGCUCAUCAUCGGCAGUAGAAAAA